AUGGCACGACUCCCGACCUCGCGAGCUCCCCGUAUCACCCGCACGCUUGCCAUUUCACCGCGAAAGCGGCUUGACCAAUUGCGCCUUGAGACUCGGCAGGCCGAGUUUGCUCUCAAGGUUGCCUCACACGCUAUCGGGCUUCACAUUGCCACCAAGCCGCUACCUGACGACUCCGAGUUCCUGAUUUGCGAUGCCUGGCGACGCAUCUGGAGAUCGUAUACCUGCCCUGCGCGCUCGGGGAUCCCUUGCUUUCCGUCGGAUGAAGUGAUAGCUUCGAUCAAGGUCGACAUCAAGGCGCAUUACAGUGCCCUUUUCGACAUCGCUGAGCUGCUUCUGCCCGUCCACUUUGACUUCAGGGCUUCAUCCUCUCGCAACUCGGUCUCGCAUAACUCUGCUCUCGCAUCUCGGCUCCUAGAGACGCAUCGGUAUGCACACACCAUUAACUCCGACACCGCAGCGCUCAAGAAAUUUCAACACGAUAUACUACCGGAGUUUAUAGAACAAGCGUGGUUCUUCACCGCUCUGCCUGCAGCACUUCGGGACGACGACAGCCUGGUCGCGACGCGUGUGCCCCCCUACUUCAAAGAGGAUGCUUUCAGGCAGAUCCCGCAUGAAGCCAUCGCGCUUGCUUUGACGGUGAUUGAUCUCUCGAUUGCGACCGAGUACCUCGGCGCUGACGGCAAGCCUAUUGAUAUCUUGCUAUCGGACAAGGGCCGAGACCUGUACGAAUCAAAUUGGAAGGAGCUCAAGACAUGGGAAACGGAGAGUGCAUUGGCUCAUGAGCUGCCGAACUUCACGUCGGUGCGAGCAACGUGGUUCUUGACGAUCGCGACGAAAUUCAAUGAGCUAUGA